AUGUGCAGCUGGAUAACCAAUGGACUCCCAAGCUUUGCGAUUUCGGAGAUGACUGGCCUUGGGACCCCCUUGUACAUGGCGCCCGAGAUGCUGCAAACGAGGCAUUACGGCGCCAAGAUCGACUGCUACUCUUUCGCCAUGGUCCUGUGGCAGAUGUGUACUGGAAAGAAGCUCAUGGACGGAUUCGGUUUCGACAAGGACAGCGUUCCGCCCAUGCGGGUGGCUUUCAAGGCCUGCUACGAGAAGCUUCGGCCAAUCAUGCCCGCUGACUGCCCGCCAGCCCUGGCUGAUCUCAUCCGCGCAUGUUGGGAGGACGCGCCCGAGAUGCGGCCCUCCUUUCAGCAGAUUUUGGAGAAGCUCAGCGACCUCGGGUGA